AGUUUAUUGUAAAUUGUUCGUUCCUUCUUGCAACUUGCAACUUCCUGUUUGAGUCAUCGAAAUAGCCGGUUGUUUCUAUAAUUUCGUCCGGAUUUAGAUUAAUAAAGGUCUGAAAAUCCUUACGAGAGUUAUAUAGAAGUAAUUUUUCCACCAGUAUGAGAAUAAUUGACCUAUCACAAUAAUUGAAAAAAAAGACAAAGGAGAAUAAAGAGUGUAAUUACUUCUUGGAAAUGAAAAGCUAGUUUUAUCAGUACAACAAAAAAACAAUCAAUUAUGGACGUGAAGAAUAAUUGUUUAAUUUGAACAAUUGAGCCAAAGUCGGUGUAUUUAAUUUUUCUAAAAAGGAGAAUAAGAAGAGUGCGGCAUAAAAAAUUAUUUUUAAGCAAACAUCAAUUUUUUCGGCAAAUGUAAACAGUUUUUGUAAAUUCUGCUUACGCGAAAUAUUUGCAAAAAACCGGUUUCUUAUUGCAAAUAAUAUACACAUAUGAAAAUAGAAGGAGCUAUAAAGACCGGUUUGGCCUAGACCUUGGUCUUUUUUUUUUGUUCUCGAUUUAUUCCUGAAAUCGUUGAGGAGAGAUUAAUCGCACGCGCAUGCUCAAUUUUUUAAACAUGAGGACACAAAGUAGGAAUAGAUAAACUGGGAUGCAAGAAUAUAUAUAAUACGUGUUGUAAAGAGAGGAAAUUGCAUAUUGGAAUACGUACUACUGACUUGAGAAGAGUUGCUAUUCAACUUCAGUCCCAGAUUCGUAAAGACCUUCAUUGGGUUAACAACUGUUUAACGUUCAUUGUAGAGACUUUUGAUUGUAAAAUUGCUGUCUUCUUCAAACUUCACAAUUUAUUUGAACUAUUAAUUUUCAAUCGACAGGAGAGAAAAAAAAAUUGUUGGCACUAUGAUUCGCCUGGGAUUUUGUCUCGUCGCCAUAGCAGCGCUCAUUCUUCAAGGAGAAUCAGACGACUCGAAAAAUUUCAAUCAAGAAAAAGAUUGGAAGACAGCCACCUCCGUCUAUGACUUUCAUGCAAAGGAUAUCGACGGAAAUGACGUUUCCCUAUCGAAAUAUAAGGAUUCCGUUCUCAUUGUUGUCAACGUUGCGACAAAUUGCACAUUGACUGACGCCAAUUACGAGCAAUUGCAAAAACUCUAUCAAACUUAUGGCGACGCGAAGGGAUUGAAAAUUCUUGCCUUCCCUUGUAAUCAAUUCGCCGGACAGGAGCCAGGAACACCGCAGGAAAUUAAGAAAUUCGUCAAGGAUCGAUUCAAUGUCACUUUCGAUAUGUUCGACAAAAUUGAAGUCAAUCAAGAGAAUGCACAUCCCCUUUGGAAAUGGAUGAAGUCACAGCCAAAAGGCGCCGGCACCAAUGGAACACAAGAUAUUGAAUGGAAUUUCACGAAAUUUGUCAUUAAUAAGAGUGGACAAGUUGUCACUAGAUUUGCACCUCGUGUCGAACCAAAUCAAAUGAAAGAGACACUCGAGAAACUUUUCGACGAAAAGGUCUAAGAGUGGAAUUGAUUUUUCGUUAAUUUUCGUUUUCUUUCACAUUUGUAUAAAAGUAGACAUUUUUUAGAGUUUUUGUUAUAGAUUCACCAUGUCCUUGAAUUUUAGCGUCGAAAACUAUUAUUUGAGAUUUUUACUUAAGAAAAUGUUAAUAAUUGUAACAAAGGUUCAAGAAGUUAGAAAUUCUAAUAUUCAUUAAAUUCUAAUACUUCUUUCAUUCACUUAUUAAGUUAACAUUUUUUUCAGGACACUUUUUCAAUUAUGCAAUAAUCUUUAAAAAAAAUGUUAAAUUCUUUUUCCUUUUGUGGAAAAAAUAGUUUUCGACGCAAAAUUCAGGGAAUUUGAAAAUAAUUUUAAUUUUUAAAUUUGAAAUUAUUUUUUAAGUUUCUUCAUACAGUUAAUUUUUCAUCUUAGUUAAUUUUUUUUUAAAAGAAAUAUUCACUUUUAUGAAAAAAAAUUCCCAAUAGGAAUUUGUAAAUAUAUACGACUUUUUAAGUUUUUAAUUUUAAUUUUAAUUUUAAUUUUAUUUUUUAUUUUAAUUUUAAUGUUUUCAUUUCUACCACGAAAAUAAAAAUUUUAUUAAAUUGUAAGAUUUACUGAUUUAUUCGAUAAUAAAAGAAACAAAAAAUUGCUUGCAAGUAAA